GGAACGCAUAUUCGAGGUAUCGGGUGGCUAGCUAACAGCAACAUUCUCGCAGUUUUAUCUGCUUCUAUGGAGAUUACUUUCUUGUCCACCGAUCUUAAGGCGCCUAUGAUGACAAUGAGUUUGCCCUCUUCAACCCCAUGCACUAAAGCGCUCUUAUCCUCUGAUGUUAUCAACGAUAACUGUUACCUUUCCGUGUUUCGAAAAAAUGGAGAAACUUUUGUUUUGCGAAUUUCUGAUUGGACUCAUCUCGCCCAUGCUAGUAAGGAAACUCUAACAAAAUGCUGCGAGUCGCUAAGCAGUGCUGAGACCCAAACAACAUUGUGCAAGUAUCCGCCAAGAAAUAUUAUAAACGUUAAAGACUCAGUGGUUGUGGUACCUGAAGGGAAAGUUCCCCUCCAAAUCUUAACAACGGGGUACUCUGAGUUUGACUCAUUAGGAGAUAUUGAGACAGCGGAAUCUUAUGUGAGAGUGCGCAGCUGUUGCAAAGCCCGCUUCCUUGUGGGUCUUACGGCAGAAGGUUCUGUUACUAUAACCGAUCUAUGGACUUUUGCUACUGUACUCAGAAAAAACAUGAGAACAAACGCGAAUGAAGUCUUCUUUGAUUUUAUGUUUGUCGAUAAGCCUGCAAUCGGUCCAAAGAUCGGGACGAUUGCAGUUAUUGUACAAUGUGGAGAUCAUGUAGAGAUGCAAGUCCGUUCUAUGAAAACUCUCGAAGUGGCGUAUCGUGUCACGGUGGCGAAAGAAACUGCUCUCUUGCCAGUAUCUGAAACGGCUGAUCGUGUCAUCUUACUUGUGGAGCCAUUUGGAACAAAAGUUUUAAGUGAUGGAGAUACAGUGAAAGUGCGAGAAAUUGUUGAAUCUCAACCUGAAAUGAAAUUCCAAAGACUGAUAAGCAGAGGUCAGUUGGAUCAAGCAGAACAGUUUGCCAUACAAUUUGGUCUAGAUGUACAGAGAGUCCACGUAGCAAGAAUGGAUUACCUUUUCACACAAGCAACUGUAAAUGGUUCCAACGAAGAUUUCGAGAAAUUGAUGAAGUCUUUUGAAGCUGUCAAGGAUCACAACAUGGUUGGUGAGAUAUGCUUCUCUGGCGCCACAACAUUUGACAAAUAUGACAGAAUAAUCAGCCUUUUGGCGUAUGCGAAGAAGAGAGCGAUCACUGAUGCUGAAACAAUCGAUCGUUUGGCCCGGGCGUCCUAUAUUCUGGCCACCUACCGUCUUACAAUGGGCCCAGAGAACGCUCGUUUUGAUGCUGGAUCGGUAUGGCAGAGUUUCAUAGCCGGCGUUGAUGGAGAAGGAGAAUGGAGAUCUGAGCGUGUGGCGUGA